GUUAAAAAUUAAAAACUCUCCAUCUCGUGGCUCGAAAAUCGCAUUAUUUCCUAAACUGCCGCCAUAAUAAACCUGGUUCCAAAUCCAAGCCCUAGCCCCCUGAAAACAAGAGAGAGACUUUUACUGCCUCUUUCUCCUCCUGACUCGGAAUAUUCGCUGUCUAAUUUGUCAGUGUCACACCCUUGAGAUUUUCUCCAGUUCUCUGCCACAGUCUCACGGAGAGAGAAGAGAGAGAGAGAGAGCCAGAGAACAAUGGCAGGAAGCUCGAUAGUUCCAGAUUCAGUGAUGGAAUCAGUGAAGAGAACCUUGAGCCAUGUAGAAGAAGUUGGACUUCACUUCCACCAAUUCUUGUCUCUCUCCGACCCUGACGUCCUCGCCGAAACGCCGCCUCUCGAGCGAGCUCAGUCCCUGCUCUUGCUCGCCAGGGCCACUACCACCCUGUUCACCGUGAAGUUGAGGUGUAGUGGAGUAGACCCGGAUGACCAUCCCGUCAAAUCCGAGCUUGAGAGAUUAAGAUUGUAUCAGGAGAAGCUACAGCGGUUUGUGGAUUUGAGUAAAGCACCAUUGCGACCAUCUACUACUUUAAAUUAUCAGGCAGCUACCCGUUUCAUCGAGCAUUCUUUGCCAGACCUUACACCUGAUCAGAAGCGAAGUAUGAGAGACAUUAGUAGAGGAGAGGGGUCAAACAUUAAGUAUCUAGAAAGGAAGGUUCAAAAGAAGAGGAAAUAUCAAUCCCCUAAUAAACAAUCAGUUCAAUCUGCUGCCAAUGAGUUCCUUGAGAAAGCAGCCCGUGAAAUUCUUGGUGAUAGUGAAGGAGGUUGUAAGGGACCUCUACAGGCCAACAGUUCAGAUGAAGAGGACGUGCCUAUGAGUUGAUUGCUGAUUUUCCUGGAUUGCUGAGACCAGACUCAUCUUUAAAGCGAUCCAUCAUCCAUCCUCUCUAUGGUGCUUUAGAGUUUUCUUUUUUCACAGUGCAAGUUUUUGUUAUUAUUAGCCAUUUGAUAAGUAGAAAUGCCGUCAUGAGUUUACGUGAGGAAUGUCUUAGCAUCUUAUUAUGUCUUAAAUGGGGAGAUGCUGCUUGGUCUUGCAAGGGAAAGUCUUCGUCGCAUGUUGGCCAACAUAAAUUUGGUAGUUCAUUCAUUCAUGAGUUAUGACUUUAAAUUUUGGAUGAUGAUGGAAGACUUAGACUGAAAAUGCUGAUGGUUUUGAAUGUAGAAUGUCCUUGAAAGAGAAAUCUGUCGAGUAAUCUUUUUGUUUCACCCAAGUGGAAGACUGAUCAGAUCCAUUUGAA